UCAGUGACUGUUCUCCUUAUCACUUCCUGUCUGAUACCAAAAUAUUAAAAGGGAGGACACCCACAGCAGAAACAAUCCUCUGACACCAUCAUGUUCCAUGAACUACUGCAAAACAUGGAGCAGUUUUGCCACAAUGACCUCAUCUGAGCGAGAUCUUUUCCUGAUCGCAUCCUUCCCUGCUGACUUCCAGUGGGCCACCUCUAGUGAGUCCUUCAAGGUUGAGGGUGGCUGGUCGGAAGGUGGGAAGGGAGAAACCAUUUGGGACCAUUUUGGUCACGAAGGCCUGGCCUUUGCAAAUCAGACAGCUGAUCUAGCUUGUGACAGUUUUCACAAGGUGGAUUAUGAUGCCUACCUUCUGCGAGGCCUUCAUGUCAACACCUACCAAUUUUCCAUCUCCUGGGCCCGUAUUUUCCCCUCAGGCCACAGAGGCAGCCAUUCAGAGAAAGGGGUUCUCUACUAUGACAAGCUGAUCAAUGCUCUCAUUGAAUCUGGCAUACAACCUGUUGUCACUCUGUACCACUGGGAUCUGCCUCAGGCCCUCCAGAACUAUGGUGGAUGGACCAACACUUCCAUUGUUGAAGCAUUCAAGGAUUAUGCAGACUUCUGCUUCUCCAGGUUUGGAGACAGGGUCAAGACCUGGAACACAUUCAGUAGCCCCUGGGUGGUUAGCCAUGCUGGGUAUGGCACUGGUGAGCAUCCCCCUGGAGUAAAGGACUAUGUAGUGGCCUCCUAUCAGGCCACUCACAAUAUGCUCAAGUCCCAUGCUGAGGCCUGGCAUGUCUACAAUGACAAGUACAGAAUGAAGCAAGGAGGGAAAGUGGGCAUUGCACUGAACUCUGACUGGGCUGAGCCCAUGGACCCCAUCAGACCCGAAGACAUAGCAGCUGCAGAUCGCUACCUGCAGUUCAUGCUGGGCUGGUUUGCACAUCCCAUAUUUGCAGAUGGAGAUUAUCCUGCAACACUCAAGAAUCAGAUUGAAGAGAAAAGAAGAGUGUGUCUCCAUUCUGAACCUGCAAGACUUCCAGUUUUCACUCCUGAAGAGAGAAAGAGGAUACGUGGAACAGCUGACUUUCUAGGGCUAAACCACUAUACCUCCCGGCUGGUCAACAACAGUGAUGGUGGCUGCACACCUGGUCCUCAGGGGGUCGGUGACUUCCAGGCACAUGUGGACCCAUCCUGGUCCUCUACAGCUUCUGAAUGGAUAUAUUCAACACCAUGGGGUCUCCGAAGGCUUCUGAAUUACAUUUCCACAGAAUACUUGAAUACUACUAAGGUGCCCAUCCACAUAACUGGAAAUGGGAUGCCUACUGAAUACAGUGGGGAAACAUUCAAUGACACCAGCAGAAUAGUGUACAUGAGGAGUUACAUCAAUGAGGCCCUGAAAGCUAUACAUUUGGAUGGAGUCAAUGUGCAACGUUUUACUGUCCAGUCACUAAUGGAUGGGUUUGAGGGUCCACAAGGCUACAGUGAACGUUUUGGACUCCACCAUGUCAACUUCAACCUCCCUGACAGACCCAGGACUCCAAAGCAGUCUGCCUACUUCUACUCCCAAGUUAUUGAGAAAAAUGGCUUUGCUUCCAAAAACCAGUUUUAUUCACCAGAACUGCAAAAUAUGAAAUCAAAUAAAAUGUCCUCACUGCCACCUUCCACAGUCCCAUCACAAGCCAAGGAUGUCUGGAGGAAAUUCUCAACCCAAACCAAUUUUCAGAGAAAGCUCUACCACUAUGGUACCUUCCCACAAGGCUUCAUUUGGGGAGUAUCAUCAUCGGCUUACCAAAUUGAGGGUGGCUGGAAUGCAGAUGGGAAGGGGGCCAGCAUUUGGGAUACAUUUACCCAGAAACCAGGCAGCAUCCCUGGUAAUCCCAGUGGAGAUGUGGCCUGUGACAGCUACCACAGACUUGAUGAAGACUUCUACAUGCUGCGAGCUCUGGGGGUGAAAUCGUACAGAUUCUCUCUGUCUUGGUCCAGGAUCUUUCCUGAUGGUCGGCGUACCUCCCUGAACCAGAAAGGUGUUGACUAUUACAACAGACUCAUUGAUGGCCUCUUAGCAUACAACAUUACCCCCAUGGUGACACUCUAUCAGUGGGACCUCCCACAAGCUUUGCAAAACCUCGGUGGAUGGGACAAUGUAGACACGAUCAACAUUUUUAAUGACUUUAGUGACUUCUGCUUUGCCACUUUUGGAGACAGGGUGAAAUUUUGGAUGACCUUCAACCAGCCUCACACAAUUGCAUGGUCAGGAUAUGGGCUUGGAAAGAUUCCACCAAAUGUUAAAAAUCCAGGAAUUGCGCCAUACAGAGUUGCACACAACCUGAUAAAAGCUCACGCCAAGGCCUACCACACAUAUGAUGAUAAGUAUCGCAAAUCCCAAGGUGGCCUAGUAUCCAUUGCCCUCAAUUCUGAUUGGAUUGAACCUAAAGAUGUUAAUAUUCCCAGAGAAGUGGUGGCUGCAGACCGUGCUCUGCAGUUCCAGCUGGGUUGGUUUGCACACCCUAUUUUCAAGAACGGUGACUAUCCUGAUGCAAUGAAGUGGCAAGUUGGAAACAAAAGCGAACUCCAAGGUCUUUCAGAAUCAAGACUACCUUCCUUCACUGAAGAAGAAAAGAAGUUCAUCAGGGGAACUGCUGACAUGUUCUGUGUAAAUCACUACACUACAAAGAUAGCGAGCCAUGUUACAGCUCGGCUUACCCCUCAGUCUUAUCAGUAUGACAGAGAUUUGUCAGAAGCAGAGGAAGGUGACUCACCAAGUACAGCCAUCAGUAACCAGAGAGCUGUAGCAUGGGGCUUGAGAAGACUCCUCAACUGGAUCAAAGAGGAGUAUGGAGAUCCAGAGAUUUACAUUACUGAGAAUGGUGUAGCUACAGACACUAAAACCACAUUUGAUGACACAGAUAGAGUUUUUUACUACAAAACCUAUAUCGAUGAAGCUUUAAAGGCUCAUAAUCUUGAUGGUGUGAAUGUGAAAGGAUACAUAGCAACAUCUCUCAUGGAUUCUUUUGAGUGGCUUAAUGGGUACAAAGUUGGAUUUGGGCUGCACCACGUGGACUUCACCAAUCCAAACCGACCUAGGACACCUAAACGCUCAGCUCACUAUUAUUACCGGGUUAUGAAGGACAAUGGCUUCCCAUUACCAGAUGAUGAGAAGAUACUUUAUGGACAGUUUCCUGCAACUUUUAACUGGAGUACAGCGAGUGCUUCUUACCAGAUUGAAGGGGGCUGGAGAGCCCAUGGAAAAGGACUGAGUAUCUGGGACAAGUUUGCCCAUACACCUUUGAGAGUGGCCAACAGUGACAAUGGCGACAUUGCUUGUGAUAGUUACAAUAAGAUUGACAAGGAUGUGGAGGUGCUGAAGAAGUUGAAGGUUUCCCACUAUCGUUUCUCAGUGUCCUGGCCCAGGGUACUUCCUGAUGGCACAGACAACCACAUCAAUGAAGCUGGACUGAAUUACUACCAUAGAUUACUGGAUGCCUUGGAAGCUGCUAAUAUUCAGCCACAGAUCACUCUGUACCACUGGGAUCUCCCCCUGGCUCUACAGAAAGUAGGGGGCUGGGAAAAUGAAACCAUUGUACACAGAUUCAGAGAUUAUGCCAAUGUUUUAUUCAGCCGACUUGGAAGCAGAGUGAAAUUCUGGAUCACUCUAAAUGAACCCUACAUUGUUGCCAACCUUGGCUAUGGAUAUGGUACCUUUGCUCCAGGCAUUGUGGGUAAGCAGUAUAUUGCAGCUCACAACCUAAUCAAGGCCCAUGCUGAGGCUUGGCACCUCUACAAUGACAAGUACCGUGCAACACAGGGUGGCCUCAUUUCCAUCACCAUCAAUUCUGACUGGGUGGAGCCGCGGAACCCAUAUAAGCAGGAGGACGUAGACGCAGCCAAGCGCUAUUUGCAGUUCUUCAUUGGCUGGUUCGCCCAUCCCAUCUUCAAUGGUGAUUAUCCUGACUUAAUGAAAACAAUCAUUCGCAAAAGAAGUCUUGCUGCAGGUCUCCCUGCGUCACGGCUUCCUGAGUUCACUCCUGAGGAAAUCGAGAGGAUCAAAGGGACUCAUGAUUACUUUGGCUUCAACCAUUACACCACCGUUCUUUCAUCCCCUGUUGAUCUGGGAAAUCAGCAGGAUUAUGAAGGUGACAGGGGAACCACAACAACACAUGAUCGCACCUGGAUUGAAUCUGGCUCCUUCUGGCUGAAGAUCACUCCAUUUGGAUUCAGGAAAAUCCUUAAGUUCAUUAAGGAUGAGUAUGGAAACCCACCCAUCUAUGUCACGGAGAAUGGGAUCUCAGAAAGAGGAGCGGUGGACUUGAAUGACAUUCACAGAAUACACUAUUAUGAGAACUACAUUAACCAGGCCCUGAAAGCCUAUGUUCUGGAUGGAGUCGAUCUGAGAGGCUACACAGCCUGGUCAUUAAUGGACAACUUUGAAUGGGCUGCAGGCUACUCUGAGCAAUUUGGGCUUUUCUAUGUGAACCGCUCCAACCCUACGCUUCCUCGCAUCCCAAAAAACUCAGCCGCUCGCUACGCCUCCAUCAUCACCUGCAAUGGCUUCCCAGAUCCAGCCCUUGGGCCCCAUGAUUGUUUGAACCCUGAAUCUGAAGCUACAAGUUCCCCCACUGUGACCACAAUAGAGAACACUGUUCACACAAAUGUCCCUGUCACGCCUCUGAACAUGGUGGACUUCCUGGGUCUGCAGCUUUCACCUCAAGAUGCUGAAGUAGCACUUUACGUCAUCUUUGCAUUUCUUCUUGUGAGUGUACUAGGGAUCAUCUUCGUUGUGUAUCGCUUCCUGAAAACAAAAAGGAAGUUAAAGAGAGCAGCUGUGGAGUCCGUUAAGAUGGAGAGAUUGUGAGGAAAGUUUUGAAAGGAGUGAAAUCUCCAGUAACAGUCAAGUGCUUGACCAGGGCCAAGAUCAGGUUGCAAAUACACAUCUGGGUUACUGAUAAAAUCAUUGUUGCCCAACUGGAAAGACUAUGUUUGAGACAAAUAUAGAGAAGGAUAUGAAAACCACUACAGUAUUUAAUUAUUAAAUUUAAAAUAUUUAAUGAUUGUGGACACUGUUUCUUGUCAAAAUCAUUUUAUUACUAGCAUGUCCAGAAUGAAAGAGGCCCACAAUGAAUUUGGGGAUUUCUUUUCCCCAGAAUGAGACGUUCAAUUUUUCAUCAACACACUUGAUAAUAGUGGCAUUAUUUUAAUCUCCUAAAACUUUGCUACUGACAUAAGUAAAUUAAGACAUAUGUGAUUUAAAAAACUGCUAUCAUGGUGUAUUUCUAAUGGUACUUGCUGUACCAAAACAGUCUCUGAACACUGGAUUCAUGGGUCUGUCAUACAGUUUGUCCCUGUAAUGUUCUGAUCAUUGCAGCUUCAUUGUUUCC